AUGGCGGCUGGUGUUCCGUCGCUGACCUACCUGCUCCAGAACUUGUGUAUACAGGCGGCCUACCAAAAGCUGGAUGGCCUUGUCUUUAACAUCUUGAACCAGACGAAGAUGCUGUUCACUGCCUUGUUUGUCUACCUGAUCUUGGGGCGGCGGCAGUCACCGGUGCCUGCUUCUUUGUUCAUCAUGGCGAAUAUCUGCCACACCUCAUCUUUUUUGGGGAAGUCUCCCUACUGUUUGUUAGGCUGCUCCAAAGGAUGCGGUGUGAUUUCAAGGCGUUUCAGCAGGUCUUUCGGGGAGUAA